AUGGCCCUGCCCCACUCACCUCAGAUUGACUCUGCAGAGGCCGUGGAGCUCAGGAGGCUCAGGGAGAGGCUCGCUGUCCUGCCUGUGCACCAGCCUUUCCAGGAACUGGAGGUCAUCGCUACACUGGGCAUGGGAGGAUUUGGACGAGUAGAGCUAGUGAAGCUGAAGGACGAGGACACCACGUUUGCUCUGAAGUGCAUCAAGAAGAAGCACAUUGUGGACACCAGGCAACAGGAGCACAUCUACUCUGAGAAAAACAUCCUUCAGCAAACAAACUCAUCUUUCAUCAUCAGGUUAUUUCGAACAUUUCGAGAUGAUAAAUAUGUUUACAUGCUGCUCGAGGUGUGUCUCGGUGGGGAGCUGUGGACUGUGCUGCGGGACAUGAGUUAUUUUGAUGAGCCCACAGCAAGGUUUUGUGUUGGCUGUGUGUUGGAGGCCUUUGAUUACCUCCACACUAUGGGUGUUGUCUACAGAGACCUGAAACCUGAAAACCUUUUACUAAAUGCAGAGGGCUAUGUCAAAAUGGCAGACUUUGGCUUUGCUAAAAAGAUUGGCCUUGGAAAAAAGACCUGGACAUUCUGUGGGACUCCUGAGUAUGUAGCCCCAGAGGUCAUUAUGAACAAAGGCCAUGACUUUGGGGCUGAUUGUUGGUCAUUGGGAAUCCUCAUAUUUGAACUUCUAACUGGCAACCCGCCCUUUUCUGGCUUAGACCACAUAAAGAUUUACACCAUGGUCCUCCAUGGCAUAGAGAAAGUGGAUUUUCCCAAGAGGAUAGGCAAACGUCCAGACGAACUCAUCAGGAGACUCUGCAAGUUAAAUCCAGUUGAGAGGCUGGGAAACAAAAAGAAUGGUAUCAUUGACAUCAAGAAACACAAGUGGUUCCAAGGAUUCAACUGGGAGGGUUUGAGAUGUCACAAGCUGCUGUCUCCACUGAGGAGACAGCUGAAGGGGCCGAUGGAUCACAGUCACUUCGACAUAUUUCCUCCGGACACAGAGGAUCCUCCUGAUGAGCUGUCUGGCUGGGAUAAAGAGUUCUGAGGACUCUGAUAACAAAGACUUAAAGCAUUAACUGUGAAUGAAAGUUGAGACUGAACAGAUAUCCUUCUGUGCUGAAAGUACAGGGUGGGGAAGCAAAAAUGUCCUGUCAGGUAAAAACAACUAUAAAUGAGUAUAAUGUUUUUAUUCUUUGGAAUUUUGAACUGAUUUCUUGAAGAACACAAAUUUAAAGCUUUCAGAACAUGUUUCUUCAAUCUGUCCUCCAUCAGCCAUGAAGAAGGCCUCGAUACAGCCUCUGAAAGAGGCAGAGGCCCUCCUGAUAUCCUCCUUGGGGUAGGCCUCCCAUUCCCUGGAGAAUGCAGCCUUAAGUACAUCCAUAUUGGCAUGAGGGGUGGCAUUAGUCCUCAACUCAAUGGCGCCCCAUCAGAAAAAAUCCAGGGGGUUUAGAUCUGGUGAGCUUGGGGGCCAAAUGCCUUUGGGCCAGAAGUUCACCAUACUCUACUCACAGAACUUUUGAACCUUGAUUGAUGUGUGAGCAGGAGCCCCAUCUUGCUGCCACACAUAGUUGUUGUCAAGGUAGGUGGCCUUCAGCCAGGGCAAAACGGUGUAUCUCAGAACUUUGUAGUGCACAUCAGCCCCAAUUUUCUGAUCUGGCUUGAAGAAGUAGGGGGGCAUCUUAUUGCCAUCUGAGCCCAAGACUCCCAGGACCAUCUGGAGAUCUCUUGGUGCCCAAACUGGAUUGUCUGGCAUGCUGGAUGUGGCGAAUGGUCCUCUCACUGAUGCCAACAAUCUUGGCAAUGUCCUUCUGAGGGAUUUGGCCAUCCAGGACAUCACAAACCCUAUUGCGUUUUGCUUGUUGCUUGGUCACUUCACAAUGCACCAAGGUCUGACAAAUACUAAAAAAAAAUUGGUUAAAGGUAAGGAACUUUGAUUUUAAUUAUUGUUUUGAUUACCCUCAUCGUUUGGGCAGGACAUUCAAAUUUGUCAAUAGGACAUUUUUGCUUCCCCACCCUGUAGAGUACAUUCCGGCCAGACUUUUUGCUUAACCUCUUUUUUAUAAAAACAAAUAAGCAUCAUUACAGUCAGAUAAAUUACACCAAGGUAUACUGUCGGUCUGUAUUGUGGUCUCCUUCUAGAUACAAUGACAUACAUAGCAGCCGCACAGUGUUCAAUCAGCUCGACACUGAGCGACAAGAGCCAUGACAACAUUAAAAGGGCAGUUCAUGAGAAUUGGCAAAAGUCCUCCAUAGAGAUGUAAAAAACUGAUCACAAGCUGUAACAAACUUUUACUUGCUGCUGUUGCUGCCAAGGGUGGAAAACCAGGUUUAGGGGGGCAAUUCCUUUCUCACAGGAGUGAUUUAGCUUUUCAAUAAAUCUCCAGAAAAUGUAUGUAUUUAUUUCAUUUAAAAUUGGCAUUUUGUGUUUUGUGA